UUUCAGAAUACAUAUGACAAUCCGAACAAGUUAGUCGGCGAAUAAAACAAAGUUUGAAUGGUACCCAGUAAGUUAGAAAAUGCAACACCAACAGUGUAUACUACGAAAGCUCGUAGUAAAAAGGUGUCUGAUUCAGAGUUGAAUCCAAACAUUAUUGAUCCAAUUGAUGCGCAGGAAAUCUUCGACUACAUAAGGGAUAUUAAUGAUCCGGAACAUCCUCUUACGCUUGAACAAUUGAAUGUCGUUCAGGAAGAACUCAUUAUGGUUGACAAAAAUGAUGACGAAACGAUUGUUGAUGUCGAAUACGUUCCUACAAUACCGCACUGUUCAAUGGCAACACUGAUUGGUCUAACGAUACGAACAAAAUUACAGCGGUCUGUGCAUCCUAGUGUGAAGAUAAUAGUGAGGAUAGCACCCGAUACUCAUAUGUCCGCAGAUGCAAUAAACAAGCAGUUGGCGGACAAAGAACGAGUGGCGGCUGCACUUGAAAAUCCUGAUCUGCUGCGAGCCGUUAAUCAGUGCUUGACACCGAAAGAUUUCUAGAAAUGUUUUGUCUCAUAUAAUGUUGGAGUUAUUUGUUUAUGUGGGGCUUGUAUUUCUUUCCCAAAUUGUUUGGAGCCUCAAAAAAUCUAAGUUAGUUGCAUGAUCAAGUUUUCAUGCAAAACCUGAUAUUCUGUUAAAUAUUCCUGAUAUCCCUAUAUUUCUUAUAAACUUAAAGAUGUUCAAAUAUUUUGUAUUUAUUUCUGUUUACAAAACAGAAUUUUAUAAAAACUUGUCGCAUUAGCAGUCUUGCAGUUGUGGCCAAAGUGGAGAUAGAACCCAAAGCUUGCAUUGUAAAAUUAACCAGGAGCUUUGAUAUUUCAUACUUGAUUUUCAAUUGGUUAAAACAUUUCG